CUGGUGUUUCUUUUUAAAUUUGUCUCAACCACAAACACAACUAUAUGGAAAAUACUGGCUUCCUCCUCCCUCUUGUGGUGUUACUCAACUUUGUGGCUGCUUUCUCAGCAGAAUCACCCAAUAUCACCACUGACCAAUUGGCUCUUCUUGCACUGAAAGCCCAUGUCACUCAUGACCCUCAAAACAUAUUGGCAACCAACUGGUCGACUACUACUUCCGUUUGCAAUUGGAUUGGUGUCACUUGCAGGUCCGAUCAUCAAAGAAUCGUCACUCUUAAUCUUUCUGAUAUGGGUCUUAUGGGCACCAUCCCACCUCACUUGGGAAAUCUCUCUUUUCUUAUUCAGCUUAACAUCCGAAACAACAAUUUUCAAGGCUCGUUACCCAUGGAGUUGGCAAAUUUGUCUUCCUUGCAAUAUAUAAACUUCGGUAACAACAACUUCGUUGGGGAAAUCCCAUCAUGGUUUGAUUCCUUCACUCAACUUCAGAGAUUGUCUCUGUACAGUAACAACUUCUCUGGUAUUAUCCCACCUUCUUUGGGUUCUUUGUCAAAGCUUAAGGAGUUGUUCCUAUAUGACAAUGAUUUGAAAGGGCAGAUUCCUGUAACAAUCGGAAAUCUUUCUAAGUUGAAAUUGUUGGACUUGGGACAGAAUCAGCUUUCAGGUAAAAUUCCAACCAGUUUAUUCAAGUGCCAAGAGUUAGAAGAUUUAAUUUUAUCUAACAAUGCCUUGGAGGGAAGUGUGCCUCAAGAAAUCGGAAAUUUGACUAAAGUAAACAACUUGUUCUUCAGUUCAAACAACUUAACAGGUGAAAUUCCAUCAACUGUUGGAAACCUGACUUCUAUUAAGCACCUUGAUUUUUGGCAUAACCACUUGACAGGUUAUGGAUGUUUGUCUUUUGUUAAUAUUGAAGUGGGAACACUACUCUAUUCCAUUGGAUUUGCUUCUUUUGGCCUCUACAAUAUUUCUUCAUUCCACUAUUCUGAGAAAAAAUUAUAG